AAAUAAUGAUUUCGUAUUAAAACUCGAUUCUCCAAUUUACCUUCAAACAUGGAUUCAAAACAUUUUGAAUAAAUCUAGACAGUAAAGACCAAUUACUUCCCAGAGAAAAAAAUAAAUAUAUCAUGCCAGAAUUAAGAACAAUUGAUAAUAAUACAAUGCACGAAGAAAUGAUCGAACGAACAGAAAUGUUGAAAGAACAUGUCGAAGGAAAUAUUGAGAUAUUGGACUAUUUACAAGGGAUUUCAGGAUUGGAACGUGAUUUCUCAAAACUGGCAGAACGUGUUAUAAAUGCAGCAAUAACACUGAGUGAUCGAAAGAACAUUGCAUAUCCAGAGAGAAUAUAUGAUAAGGAAACUGGUGAAAAUGUCGAUAGAUGUUGGACAUAUAUUUCUCAAUUAUCUGAAGCAAUACAAUUUCAUAUCGCAAAAUCACAUGAAUAUCAUAAGUUUCAUCAUGAAAUUUGGUCAGCUCGUAUGGAAAUACAACAAGUUCUUUCGAGUUAUUCGUUAAUUCAAGAAAAAUUAGGUGCAUUGAGUUUGUUAACCGAUGAAGCACUUAUAACAAUUAAAAGUAUGAUAGAAAGUCAGUUGAGCAUCUAUACAAGACUUUCUCAGAAAUCAAAAGAAUUCUUGGCAAAAUCAUCAGUCCUCAAAUCGAUAUUUCUUCGUAACUCUCUAACUCAUGGUAAACAUUCAGCAUAUUUGUUAGCUUCACUACGUUUACCAUCUGGACAAUUGGUUCAUAGAGGUGAUUCUGUGAAAGUAUGGGGAAGUAAUCAAUUUUUAUCGAAAUUACAUAAUGAAUGGAAUGUUGAAGUUAGUAAUGGUGAACAAAUAAAAAAUGCACCAUCAAUUUGUUUUUGGCUUACUUCUCCAGAACAUAGUCCAGCAUCAGAAAACCGCAAUGAUUUAGAGUCUAGUGAUAAUGAAGAAAAUCAUGAAGUGUUUGGAAAAAUUUCAUCAACCAAAAGUAUUUGUAAACGUUUUCAUAAAGAUUUGUACAGUUCAUGGAAAAUCGCUAUUAAUCUCUUUGCAAAAAUAUUGAUGCCCACAUGUACGAACUGUAUAAAAACACUUGAAAACAUUGAUCAACUAAUCAUUGUGGAAGACUCACAAGUAUUCAAUGACUUUUUAAAUUCAUUACAAACUCUUUUUGAAUAUGGAAAUGAGCCGGAAUUAGAAACAUUGAAAAUGUUAUCUUAUAGGUCAUAUGAAACCGGAGAUACACUUUUACAUGUAAAGAAGGAGGAUAUUUACCAGCUAACUGAAACAGUAAAAACAUUGAAGAUCUUUAUGCAGACAUAUAAUGAAGCAGUGGUGAAUGCUUCCGAGAAUGAAGAUCAUAACCAAGGUCUUACAACAUUGAGAAAUGAUGAUUUAUAUUUUAAGUUUUCGCCUUCAGUAGUUAAAGUUACCAAUCAACACGAAAAUGUAUAUUCAGAUGAAAUAAAUGAAAAAUUUGGUGAAAAACAAUUAAUCACAUGUUUCACUGAAAAUAUACCUAAAACAUUUACAGUAAACAAGCACACACGAGUAUACGAUCAUAGAAUGCAUGAAAUUCCAUGCAGCAAAAAUUCACUACAACGUCAGAAUAAGCAAAUAGCACAAAAUUAUUCAAAUUUUAGUAAACAAACUAAAGAACUUAUGACACAAAUUGACUCACCAUUCUAUUCAGCUGUUGCUUAUUGUACAAACUGUUCAGAAUUUCAUGAAAUAAGUUUAUUGUCACCGUUUAUUUGUAAAGCAGAAUUAUCUACUUCAAAUUUGAAUUCUUCUAGUGAAGUAAGUGAUACUACAUCAGAAGUUCGACUUAAAGCUGCUCGUUCAAUGCCAAGUUUAUCUAUUGAAACUAAAGAUUCUAGUGUUGGCGAAGAUAGAGUAUCAACAUUUAAAAAUAAAAAGUGUAGUGCUGUGAAGAAACUUUCCAGAUCAAAGGGUAGGACAAAACGUAGACCAUAUAGUUUCAAUGCUAGUCUCACUGAAACUACAGCAAGUUCAGGAUUUGAUAGUCCAUCGGAAUCCUCUAUUGGUACAAAAGAAAAAAUAAGUUUCCCUCAAAUUCAAAAUGAAGUUCACAGAAGUAGAACUGGUAAAAGACCUUUUCUAUGGUGGUAUAAACGUGGUAAACGAACAAUUAAAGAUGAAUCGUAUACACCUGAAAGUCCAAAUACUGAACCAGGACCACCAGGUAGAAGAUCUCCAUUAAAUAUGACCACAAAUAAAUCUGGUAGAGAAUUUAUUCAACGUUCUCCUACUCAAUUUUCCGAAGUAAAUGAUCAUCAAGGAGAUUUUGAUGAACAUAUCAAUCAAUCAGUAGUAAGAUCGUAUAGUUGGAUACAACAAGGUACACCAUGGGGUUAUACUCCUCCUUCUGACAGUAAAUGGUGGCCAGCUAUGCAAAUAUUACCAGCUGCUGAUCGAGAAAAAAACAAGUCUGUGAAUGUUCAUAAUGACAGAAGUAAAUUAAAAACUCGAAAACAUGUAAAUAGAUGUUCAUUUAAAACUGGUAAUGAUCAUAAUAUCCUUAAUGAAGGCCAAAUGUACAAUACAAUUGAUUCAGGUAUUCAAACUGAUAUUGAAAUGUAUAUUUCAAGGCAAUUAGAUACAGUGUUAUUCGAUGCAGAGGCAAAGAAUCAGAGAAAUCAUAAAAAUCCAGAAAGUAUAUGUCAACACUGUUAUAAAAAUAUCUACAAAGUUUGCAGUGCAGAUAAUUCUGUCCAGUGUAAUUUCAUGGAUGACAACUUUUUAAGUCAUAAACUUUAUUGUCCAUCACCUUCACGUUUUAGUGCAAAGGCGGAAAAAAGUGACAACAUUCAUCAUCAUAGAUUGAAAUCUAGUAGUGUGAAAGUAUGGGAUGUUUGUUGUCAGGUUGGUGUAGUAAAACGAAAUCACAGUACUGACCCUAUAAGAAGUGAAGAUAUCGAUUCUGUUGAACAAGUUAAAGACAAUAAAAACGAUUCAAGAAUUUAUGCAAAAUAUAAUGGAAGAUCGAAAAGCUUUGAAACACCUUUAAGGAGACUAUCUCAAUCAACGAAUACGCCAGUUUCAUUGAAAUUUUCAGCUGCAUGUCAGAUUGGAACAGCUUUCACAACCAACAACACUGUUACUUCUUGUCCAAUAACUGAGAACAAAGAACACAGAAAAGUAUACUGUAAUCAAAUAGGCAAUACAUCAUCAUUUACACCUUGUUUACCAUUAAUGAUUGGUAAAAAGCUUCAAGUAGGCAAGCCUUUAGCAGCAUACACAAAAGACAUUUCUACACAAAUUCAAACAGUGGAAGUACCAAUGAUUUCAACUGGCAUUUCAAAUAUUAAAGGAGCAAUCAAAAACUGGUUAAUAGAAUCUGAAUCCAGUUUUAUUUCUACUGAAACAAUGAACAAAAUUGAAUGUCGUAAAGAAAUGUUAAAUAAUUUAACUAAAACAACCGAUUGUCUUGGAUUAAUCUUAUUCAAUGAAACUAGUACACAAAUUGGUUUAACUAAUCAAAAUGAACAACUAUCCAAUUUUUAUUUGAAUCAAAAAGAUAAUUCCAUUCAAACUGAUCUCCCUCAUAUUUAUGUGACUGAAACAAAUAUUGUACCGAAUUGGACUUCGGAUUCAAAUGAAAUCAAUGAAAAAUUUGUACCAAAGUCAAAAACUACAGAUCAUCUACAAACACAUAGUAUACAAAUUAAACCGAAUUAUUAUUCUGAAUCACCAGAGGAUAAUUCUCCUCGGAUGUUAAUCAAUAAAUCAACUCAAAAUAAGCUACAUAAUUAUCAGAUGUCAGCAACAAAUAAUCAUCAAAAUAUUUUAUCAAAAAAUAUUCAUGCCGAACAAACUUCUAGAAUUUUACAAAAUGGAAAAAGGGAAUCAUUGAAUCAUUGUUGUAAAACUACAGUACACAAAUUAAAAAAGAUUCAUAGAAAUCAAACUGAAUUUCAAAUAAGACGUGGACAUGUGCAUAGACGAGCUAUUUCAACAUGCGGUGAUUUAAUAAUGAAUAUUGAACUACAUAAUGCAAACUGUAAACAUUUUAUGCAAGAUACAAAUUAUCCAACUGCAUCAGAAAGAUUAAAUCAUUGUAAUUGGUUAAGUUUAAUUUCCUCGUCAUCAUCAUCACCAUCAUCCUCUUUUGAAGAUUAUAAUGAUUUUUGUAGAAAAUGUCGUUUCAAAUAUCAUCAACCAAUGCAAAUGAAUAUUGAAAUGAUAACUGGUCGUGGAUAUGGUGAUAAAUCAAAUCGACUUACUAAUCAUCGAUCUCAUCAUCGUAAUCCAGGGCAUGUUCAUCGAUCAGUAGUUAUAAAAAGAAGUUUAUCCGCUGAUGAUUCGAAUGUAAUCAUGCGUAAAACACAAAUGAAUCAUGCAGGUAUUAUGAAGACAAUUAAUAAAUAAAUGUUAUCAAUAUUACUAUAAUUAGAAAAGUAGUAUUCAAAAGGCAAACAGAAAAAUAAAAGUAAUAAUGAUUCAUUUGAAAAUGAUGAUAAAAAGACAAUGAACAUGAUCUCCAUUAUUUGCAAUUAUAUAACAUGGCUUUAUUUGUGUCAUUUUCUAAUUAUUAGCUCAUCACUUAUUGUAAUAACUUAUGUUUAAAUCUUGAAUUUCUUUAAAAAUCUACACAAUUCAUACUAAGCAAAGUUGUUUAACUGUAGUUGGAUUCGUAUGAACUUUUAUGUCUUCCAUAUGUUAAGUGUAAUGAAUUCGCAUGGAGUUAUGCUCAUUAAAUGUUUUUUGACUGAAUUCCCUUUUUUUUUUUCUAAUGUCGUUAAUUUUAAUGUAAUUGUUUGAAUUAAAUAAAUAAUAUUUGGAAAGAAAA